GCUUCGCAAUCGACGCGCCUUUCUUAUCUGGCACUGUUUCCUUCUUCCGAAAAAUUAGAGCCCAUUCGAUCCUUCUUCUCUCCUCUCCCAAGUCCUAAUGCAACUUCAAAAAACGGAACAAUGAACUUUCUAGGGUUUCUUUCUGUUUCAAGCAAUCACUAUUUUGUUGCUUCAAGCAUUCAUCGCUUUUUCAUACUUUUUUUUUUGCGUUCAGAUUCGUCAUUCUGAAAUAAGAAAUAACGUUUUGCAAUUUUCAGUUUCUUGACCUUAAUACACCAAACUUGCUGUGGUUUCCAGAUCUUUCCAAUCUUUAAAGGAAGGAAGCAGUGAUGACAUGUCUUAAUUAGUGAGGUUGUGAAAAUAUUUGGGGGCGGAGAUGAAGCUAGCUGCUCUGUUGACUUCUGCUGGCGUCAAUACUGCAGUGUGUGUAGUGUUGUUCUCCUUGUAUUCGGUUUUAAGGAAACAACCGAGCUUUGUAAAUGUUUACUUUGGCGCGAAGAUUGCUCAAGUACGAGCAAGACAACAGGAUGCCUUUCGCUUUGAUCGAUUUGUACCUUCUCCAAGUUGGAUCCUCAAGGCAUGGGAGACAUCUGAUGAAGAAAUAAGUGCUACUGGGGGAUUGGAUGCAGUAGUAUUUGUGCGGAUGAUUGUUUUCAGUUUCCGAAUAUUCUCCAUUGCAGCUAUCGUAUGCAAUUUCCUUGUGCUCCCACUUAAUUAUUUUGGAAAAGAGAUGCAACGUCACCAAAUUCCAGCUGAGACAUUGGAGGUAUUCACCAUUGUGAAUGUUGAGGAAGGGUCAAGAUGGCUUUGGGCUCACUGCUUUGCGCUGUACCUCAUAUCGUGCUGUGCUUGUUUUCUUCUUUACCUUGAGUACAAAAGUAUUUCAAGGAUGAGGCUGGCUUACUUUACUUCAUCUGUUUCCAACCCAAGUUACUUCACAGUUCUUGUUCGUGCCAUCCCAUGGUCACGACAAGAAUCAUACAGUGGAACAGUGACAAGAUUCUUCACAAAUUUCUAUGCAUCAAGUUAUUUAUCUCAUCAAAUCGUUUAUCGAUCUGGCUCUGUUCAGAAACUGGUGACUGAUGCAGGGAAGAUGUGCAAGAUGCUGAAACUGACACCUAGGGAACUACAUUGUGGAUCAAGUUCCAUGAGAUGUGGCCUUUGUGGAACAACAGCAUCAUUUAGUAUGCUUCCCAUGGAGGCGGAAACUGACAAAGGAAGAAGUGAUUUUGACGGUUCAGAUUUGAGGAAAAAGGAGUCUGCAGCUGCUUUAGUUUUUUUCAGGAAUCGCUAUGCUGCUUUGGUUGCUUCUCAGGGUCUUCAAUCUCGAAAUCCCAUGUCAUGGGUCACAGAUCUUUCUCCAGAACCAGACGAUAUGUAUUGGUCAAACAUUUGUGUCCCGUAUAGACUCCUUUGGAUCCGCAAAAUAGCUAUUCUUGUGGCCUCGAUGGCUUUGGUGGCAUUUUUCAUUGUGCCUGUUUCAUUAACACAAGGUCUUGUUCACCUCGACAAGCUUCAGAAGACAUUUCCAUUUCUUAGAGGAAUUUUACAGAGGAAAGCAAUGAGUCAGCUGGCUACGGGAUAUCUACCAAGUGUCGUGUUAAUAAUAUUUAUGUACAUGGUUCCUCCAAUAAUGUUGUUAUUUUCUACAAUGGAAGGCUCUAUCUCUCGUAGUGACAGGAAGAGGAGUGCUUGCAUAAAAGUUUUGUGUUUCUUCAUCUGGAAUGUUUUCUUUGGUAACAUCCUCUCGGGGUCUGUGAUCGAGAGGUUCUCUAAGUUUUUUAAGGAUGUAAAAAACCUACUUGCAACAGCAGUGCCAUCAACGGCCACCUUUUUUAUGACUUAUGUUUUGACAUCAGGCUGGGCAAGUCUAUCAUGUGAACUCAUGCAACCAUUUGGUCUACUCUGCAACUUAUUCUAUAGAUUUGUUCUCAGAAACAAGGAUGUCUCUACAUACGGCACAUUGACUUUUCCAUACCAUACAGAAGUUCCAAGGAUCCUUCUAUUUGGGCUUUUUGGCUUUGUGUAUUCCACAUUGUCUCCUUUGAUACUGCCAUUCUUGCUGGUUUAUCUUUCCCUUGCCUACCUUGUAUACCGUAAUCAG